AUGGUGACUGAGUUGAAACUUCAGUCGGCCGUCUUCUCGCUCAUCAUCAUCAAUAAAGCCGGUGGUCUAGUCUACCAGCGCGAAUUCCAGCCCGGCCUGCGCAAGCUUUCUACAAAUGAUUAUCUCGUCUUGGCUGGUACAUUUCACGGUGUUCAUGCCAUCACUCGCACGAUAACUCCCAAGCUCCCCCUCUCGACGGCCUCCACGACAGCAACUACCCCGACGACUUCCUCCAAUAUCCCCUCAACCCCUGGCACGCCCACUCCCACUACUCCGGCAUCAGCGUUCACAUUCCCCAACCCGGGGAUCCCAGCGACGGGUCUCGAAAGUCUUGAAACGGAUAAGUUCCGAUUGACAUGUUUCCAGACGUUGACGGGGACAAAGUUCCUUCUAUUCACGGAUCCGAUGAUGGGGAAUAUCGAUGUUGUUAUGAAGAAGGUAUACGAGCUGUAUGCGGACUAUGUGAUGAAGAACCCGUUCUAUCAACUCGAAAUGCCGGUCAGGUGUGAGGCGUUCGAUCGACAUCUGGCGGGGUGGUUGAGGGGGAGGACCUGA